GCUGCCGAGUGGCAAAUAAUUGUUGCUGCUCGCUGGCUGCGCCCUGCUCCAUCAAAUGGCUGCUGCCGGCACAACGACAGCCAAAUUGGAGACACGCCGCCUCUGCGCCAUCACAUUUUUUGCCAAGCUGCAUCCAGGCGACGUUUGCGGCAGCAAUGGUCUGCCCCUAACGCCCAAUUCGAUAGCAAUUUUGGGGCGUUCCCAGCGAUUGAAGGAACUGCAGCAUGAGCAUUUGUGUCAGUACUUGGACGUGGUUCGCGGCAAGCAUGAGCGCACCAUUGUUGUCUCGGAGUAUGUGGGCUGUACACUGGAGGAGCAUGUCAAGCGGCACGCACAUGCACCGCUAAGCCACACACAAAUCUGGAGCAUUUUCUAUCAGUUGGCCAGCGGCCUGGAUGUCUUACAUGCGCACAAGUUGGUCGUGCAUAAUCUGGAGCCGCGUCACAUACUCCUUGAUUGCCGGGCUGGCGCUGAUGGUGCUGACGGAGCUGUGCGCGUCAAGCUCUUCAAUUAUGGGCUGCAUCACAUGACAAAAGGCGGCGCCUAUGUGCCCUUUCCCAUUGGCAAUGUACGCUAUAUGGCGCCCGAGCGUCUACUUGGCGCCAAUGGCAACAUCAAAAGCGACAUUUGGUCCUGGGCCAUGGUAAUGCUGGAACUGCUGUUGCAAACAGAACUCUGGCCGCGGCUCAAGCUCAGCAACAUUGCGUGGAAGUUGCUGGCGUUUACUCGAAACGCCGGCACUAGCAUUCUGGAGAAAAUUGCGAGGGAACAUCAGCGACUUGAGCGCUAUCAGCAAAUGCCGCUGGAUGUGCGUGAGCUACUCGAGCGUUGCCUGAGUGUGCGGCCAGCGCAGCGUCCACUACCCGCCGAGUUGCUUGCGCACAAAUCCUUUGCCCAACUGCACUCCAGCCAGGAGCUGCUGAUGGCGACACCGGCGCAAGCGAUUCCACUAUUGCUGCGAUGCCCGCUCGCCCAGAUCUAUCACCUUUGGCAGUUGGCCGGCGGAGAUGUGCAGGCGGAGCUCAAGAAGGAGGGCCUCAUACGCAGCGAGGCGCCCAUUUUGGCUCUGCCACAAAUUGUGCGGCUCAGCGGCGAAAGCGUUUGUCCGCCGCGUAGCCAAUCGCAUCUGAUGGAUGAGCGUGUGGUGCUGCUGAAAAUGCAGCCACUUUUGCAGCGGCUCAGUCGAUUGCCUGCCAGUGUUUAUUUCCCCCUGUUGCAUAUGCCACGCCAGCAGCUGCAACACCAACGGCAGCAGCAACACCAACAGCAACAACAGCAGCAACAGCAACAGUUGCCUUUACUGAUACGGGAACGCGACAUUGAGUAUCAGUUUCGGCGGGUGCGUUUAUUUACACGCCUGUUGCACGGCUAUCCGCACACUGCGGAUCAGCUGCAACGUGAGGCAGCCAUCGAUAUACCGCCCCUGUUACGCGGACCCAUUUGGGCGGCCCUGCUCGGUGUCCUGCCGAACGCGAGCUAUGCGAAAAUCGAUAAGUUCACAACGACGACAACGGAUCGCCAGAUCGAGGUGGACAUACCGCGUUGUCAUCAGUACGAUGAGCUGCUCUCCUCGCCGGAUGGCCAUCGCAAGCUGAAGCGGCUGCUCAAAGCCUGGGUAACCGCCCAUCCGCAGUACGUCUACUGGCAAGGCCUCGACUCGCUCACCGCCCCAUUUCUCUAUCUCAACUUUAACAAUGAGGAGCUUGCAUUUCUGAGUCUGUUCCGAUUCAUACCGAAAUAUCUGCAGUGGUUCUUCCUGAAGGACAACUCGGCUAUUAUUAAGGAGUAUCUGAGCAAAUUCUCACAGCUGAGCGCGUUUCAUGAACCGCUGCUGGCACAGCAUUUAGCGAGCAUUAACUUUAUACCGGAACUGUUUGCGAUACCCUGGUUUUUGACCAUGUUCUCACACGUGUUUCCGCUGCACAAGAUCUUGCAUCUGUGGGAUAAACUGAUGCUGGGAGACAGUUCGUAUCCGCUGUUCAUUGGCAUCGCGAUACUCAAGCAGCUGAAGAGCACGCUGCUCAGCUCUGGCUUCAACGAGUGCAUACUGCUCUUCUCCGAUCUGCCCGACAUUGUGAUGGAGAGCUGUGUCAUCGAAUCGCAGAAGAUGUACGAGUGUACGCCAAAGAGCAUAACGCAUCGCCAGCACGCUCUGCGCACCCAGCUGCCACAUGUAUUGGACAUUGGACAGGCGGAUGUGGAGCUAAAGCAUCUGCAGAUGGAGCAGUGUCCGCGCAUCAGUGCCAAGGAUGUGCAUCAGCUGCUGAUGCAUGCACCCGAUCAGCUUGCCCUCAUCGAUCUGCGCAGCGUUGUGGAAUAUUCGCGUGUUUAUGUGCCGCAUAGCAUCAAUAUACCGUUUGCGACGGUGCUGCUCGGCGAACAGCGUCUCGAAGCGCUCAAUGUGCCCCAUCUUGAGCAGCAGCUGCGCCAGCGGAUUGUCGUAUGUGUCAGCAACAUUCACCAGCAUGCCGUCGAGUUCUCGCAUUUUUUGGUCGCCUGCGGCGUUCUGCGCACCUGCAUUCUACACAAGGGCUUCAAUGUCCUGCACUCAAUUGAGCCAAAUAUACUCAUCUCGAAUUGACGAGAAUUCCUGUUUCUGUUUCUAUGAAUCUGUCGCGGAGUCAGCGGAGUCAGCAGCAUCGCACUGCUCCUUUUAAUCUAUAAAUCGCUUUGCUCGUAUAUAUGUAUGUGUGCCCUUAGCUCAUUUACAUAAAUUGCACUAUUUUACAACAGUGCAUACUCUAUAAUUCUUUUUAUAAAUAUAUAUAUAUAUAGCAAGCAAUUUAUAAUUAUCAUUAUUAUUAUUAUUAUUGUAUAUACAUAAGCAUAAUAAGUGUAUUAUCACAGUUUUAUAAAUCUAAAUAGUACUCGAAUGUGCUCGAUAA